AUGGCUCCUGUGCAGGGCCAUUUAUCGCUGGACAUGUCUUCUACACCAGAUACCCCGUACCACAAUCUGAACAGAGAGGAAGUCACAAGACUACUUGUCCAGACUCUGGCAGAUCUCGGCUAUGAAGCGAUAUCCAGAGAUUUAGCAGGUGUCUCCGGGCUUGAAUCUGGUGACCCGGCAAUUCACGGGUUUAUCCAGCUGGUUUAUCAGGGUGCCUUUGUAGAUGCGGAGGCUGCUUUACUUGACUUAGGUUUUGACGCCGAAAGUGCGGGUCAUAUCCUCUAUUUAGUGAGAAGAGAACGGUUUUUGGAGCUUUUGAUGGUCCAGAACAACCGUCCUGAGGCCUUAAGGGUUUUACGCUCCGAAAUUACACCAUUGGGUGUUCCUGAAGAUGUGUCAAGACAAUUGGCGUGCAUUCUGGUGGAUGACUCUGACGCCGAAUUGUGUGAUGAGCUGGGCUGGCUUGGAACUCCGGUCGAAUCACGGGAGCGACUAGUUGAGGAAAUCAGCAAAUUUGUUCCACCAGAACGGUUGUUACCGCCGCAUCGACUAGCCACGUUGUUAAACCAGGCCAUAUCCCACCAGCGCGAAAAAGACUGUUACCACGUCAGAGAAAGAACAGAAACAGGAAAUGUAUCACUUUACAAGGACUAUCGCUCAAACAGAGACAAAUUCCCGUCCAGGGUGAUCAAAACGCUGAAUUCCCACUCAGACGAGGUUUGGUUCGUACGCUUCAGCAACACGGGAAAAUACCUUUGCUCAGCAUCUUCAGACUCGAAGAUAAUCAUAUACGAUGUGGAAAAUGACUUUCGUGUUUUACGGGAGCUGGUGGGUUCCGACAAGGCAGUAAUGUACUGCUCAUGGUCUCCUGAUGAUAACUUGCUUUUGACCUGUGGAUUGGACUUAUAUGUGCGGCUUUGGGACGUAAGAUCAGGAACUUGUUUGGAAUCGACGUCUUUUGGUGAUAAACUGCGGAUUUGGUCGUGCGAGUGGCUUCCAGACUCUUCCGGGUUCCUGGCUGGUUCGCCUGAUAAACGAUUGUGGCUUUUCAACUCCAAGUUUGAGGUGUCGUACGAAUGGCCCAUUGACGACAAGAGGGUGACGGAUCUUGCGGUUUUCCCGAACGGGAAGAGCUUCAUCACGGUGAAUCAGGACCAUUCUGCGUAUAUCUACGAUAUUUUCACCAAGAAACUUCUGAAGGAGAUCAAGAUUGGCAAAAAGCUCACAUCGGUGACGAUGUCGCAAGAUUCACGCCAUUGUAUCAUCAACGUUGCACCUGAAGAGGUUCAACUGUGGGAUCUUUCAAACUACACGUUAAUCCGCAAGUACUACGGCCAGCAGCAAGCGAGAUACGUGAUUCGCUCGUGUUUCGGUAAUUGGGACGAGAGCUUUAUAUUAAGUGGCAGUGAAGAUGGCAGGGUUUAUAUUUGGAAUCGCGAGUUUGGUAAUCUGAUUUAUGCCCUGGAGGGACACAAGGAGCUGGUGAACUGUGUGGAUUGGAAUCGGAACGGUACCGGAUAUGGGGCCAGGGUUUUUGCUACAGCUGGGGACGAUCACACGGUGAAGAUAUGGGGAGUGUGA